CCGUUCUGGUAGCGACCGCAGUCCACGCGGACCACGCGCACUGAUUGACACUGCAGGCGCCCCCCCACCGCAGAUCCCCGCCGCGACGGAGGAGAAUGGAGGCCGCCGCCGCCGCCGCCGCCGUGCUCCCCGCGCUGGUGCCCUCCGGUAGCGCGGUGGUGGUGCUCUUCGCCUACCUCGGCUACCUCGCCGCCGCCGGAGCCAUCCUCCCCGGGAAGCUCGUCGCCGGCGCCGUACUCCCCGACUCCUCCCGCCUCCACUACCGCUGCAAUGGUUUGCUCUCGCUCCUGCUGCUGCUGGGGCUCUGCGCGUUCGGCGUCUACGUGGGGUGGAUGACUCCCACGGUUGUGGCUGACAGGGGACUCGAGCUUCUAUCUGCGACCUUCAUUUUUAGUGUCCUUGUCUCUUUCGGGCUCUACUUGGCCGGCACCAAGUCCCGCUACAAAAGUUCUUCUUUGAAACCACAUGUUAGUGGGAACUUCAUAGAAGAUUGGUGGUUGGGAGUGCAGCUUAAUCCUCAUUUUAUGGGAGUUGACCUCAAAUUCUUUUUUGUGAGGGCAGGAAUGAUGGCAUGGUUAUUUAUCAACCUCUCUUUGUUUGCGAAGAGCUUUCUAGCUGGUUCAGUCAAUCUUUCAGUCAUUCUCUACCAAUUCUUUUGUGCGUGGUAUAUUAUAGAUUACUUCGUCCAUGAAGAAUUCAUGACCUCAACGUGGGACAUUAUUGCUGAAAGGCUGGGUUUCAUGCUGGUGUUUGGUGAUCUAGUUUUCAUUCCUUUCACCUUCACUAUUCAGGGUUGGUGGCUUUUGAGAAAUGAAGUGGAGCUGUCACUUUUAGCUGGUGUAGCUAAUUUCUGCAUCUUCAUUAUUGGCUACCUAGUGUUCAGAGGAGCUAACAAGCAAAAACAUGUGUUCAAGAAGGACCCCAAAGCUCCUAUAUGGGGAAAACCUCCCAAAGUCGUUGGGGGAAAGUUACUUGCAUCCGGCUACUGGGGCAUCGCAAGACACUGCAAUUAUCUAGGAGAUCUACUGCUAGCACUUUCGUUCAGCUUGCCCUGUGGAUUCAGUUCUGUGAUCCCAUACUUCUACCCGACCUACCUGCUGAUUCUACUGAUCUGGAGGGAAAGGCGCGACGAAGCCAGGUGCUCGCAGAAGUACAAGGAGAUCUGGGCGGAGUAUUGCAAGCUCGUGCCUUGGAGGAUCCUACCUUAUGUGUACUAGUAGGAAGGCGUUACUUGACACUUGGACAGUCGACGAGGCUGAAGCAGCAGGUCAUCCUAGCCUUGUCCAUUGGUCUUGGGUGAUCUCUUGGCGAAUCCCCGUCUCUACUUGUAAAACUAUGUGCAUGCCGUGCUUGCUGAGUCCUUGUACGUUUGCCCCGGGACAUUCAUGUUUCGAGUCGGCUGCCCUGAGGCGCCGCAUUGUUGUUGCAGUGUGCAAAACCGUGUAAGGAGAGGGUGUUGGUAAUUGAUUUGUCAGGAGAUGGAAUGGAACUGAACUGAGCUGAACUGUACUGCUGCGGGCAAAGGCAGGAUACGGGGUGUGGUACGGCAUGAGCGAUGCGUGUGUAUGUGGUUGUGGUUGUGGUUGUGACGUGUGCUUCGAACUCUUGCGUGUAGACAAGCUGCAUGUCUGUCGCUCUUGUGA